GUGAGGGUUGGGGGAGGGGGUACCGGAUUUACCGGACUCCACCUGUCACGAUCUCUGCGCUGUUCCGCUGCGCGUGCACGCAUGCGCGUGUGGCUGUGGAGGGGGACGGACGGGCGCGCGCAGACACGGAACGAUAUGGAGCUGACCGAACCGGUUCUGGAGCAGGAAACCGGAAAGCCUGCGCGCUCUCGCCGCCGCCUCCUUCAUGGUUAGACUCGGGCGAGCGGAGAAGGAAGCCGCCGUGUCCGUCCCGGAGGACGCCUUUCCCCGCAGCAGACCGGAACGCCGCGCCGCAGGAUGUCCAGAGCGUCGCAGAGCCGCACGCCCACCCGGGCGGCGGAGAGCGUGGUGGAGGUCAAGAGCAAAUUUGAAGCAGAGUACCGCCGCUUUGGCUUGAAGAGGACUGUAGCGGGAAACUUCCAGGAGUUCUACCGCUUCCUUCAAAGCAUCCACCACAUCCGGGGGAUGGACGUGCGGCUGUGCUACGCCGACAUCCACGGAGACCUCCUUCCAAUCAACAACGACGACAACUUCGACAAGGCGGUGAAAUCCGCCAAUCCACUGCUGCGCAUCGUCAUCAUCACUAAGACAGAUGAUGAUUCCAUGGUUUUUGCCACCAACUCCCUGCAAAGGCGCAAGAAGGUGAUGACCCUACCAGGACUGAAUCCAGGCGCCACACACUCCAGAGGAAAAUCUGUCCCCCAGAUUGGUCCGCCACAGGACUUCAGACAGAUCUCCUCCAUCAUCGACGUGGACAUCCUGCCGGAGGCAUACAGACGGGUGCGGCUGCACAAGCACGGCACCAACAAACCUCUGGGCUUCUACAUCCGAGACGGUGUGAGCGUGCGGGUGACGCCUCACGGGGUGGAGAAGGCUCCGGGGGUGUUCAUAUCCCGCGUGGUGCGGGGGGGCCUCGCUGAAAGCACAGGUCUGCUGGCCAUCAACGACGAAAUCAUCGAGGUCAACGGCAUCGAGGUGGCAGGGAAGUCUCUGGAUCAGGUUACAGCGAUGAUGGUGGCUAACAGCCACAACCUCGUCGUGACGGUCAAACCAGCCAAUCAGAGGAACAACGUUUAUCGCGGCAGCAAAACCUCCGUGGGGAACACUGGCUCCGUGGGCUCGGCUGGCUCCAUCGGCUCUGCUCUGUCACAUGACUCUCCAAGCCCCGCCUCCCAGAGCAAUCCCAUCACUGCCAGCAGCAGCCAGGCUGAGGGUGACAGCGACGAUGAGGACGACGAGGGAGACAUCAUCCUGGAGAGCGACGGCCUGAACCCCUACAGCAGAGACUCCGCAAGGAACGGCGCCGCCGCCGCAGGACGACCGUUCCCUCAGAGCGUCUCCAUGCCCAACAGCAUGGGAGCGUCGCUCAGCAACAGCGCCUCCUACAGCCAGGACAGGAACCACAACCACGCCGGCAGCAGCGGGAGGGAGAGGAUGAGGGAGGACGGAAACAUGAUAACACUGUGACAGCGGUUGCUAUGACGACGGACUAAACCAUGAAUGCUACAGAAAACUUUUAGAAGACUAGAGUUUGAGCACAACAUCUGCGGGGUUAGGGCUGCUGGACGCAUGCAGGUGCGUGCACGAGCGCGUGCACGAGCGCGUGCAGCUCUGACUCCCUCUGUGUGACCUUCAGCCACUAAAACUGACCUCCGACCAGCAGGACGCUGCAGCAGAUGCUGUCCAUCGUUAAACUCCAUGAGCAGAAAUGACCCAUCAUGAGGUUUGAAGGGGGCGGAGUCCCAGACUGUCGACUGCAGAUGAAAGCUGCACAAGCUCUGACUCAUACAGGAUCUUUUGUCCAACAUUUUUAAUUUCUAGAGCAUAUAUCCUAAAUAUUCUUCAUUUUAUAAUAAGCAAAAAAACAUCUGUCAACAGAACAAACGAACAUUCACCAGAUGUAAGAUAUGUUUUUAAGGACAGGUCAGAGUGAGUGAACUCUCACCUGUUGAGUCAAUGCAAACUAAAGAGCAGGUAAGAAUGUCUGCAGGUGAGUCCAGCUGCCUGAGGCGGUGGAGUCCGCAGAGCCGAGGACGGGUCAGGAAGCACCUGGCUCGGUCCACCUGUUCCACCUGUAACAUGAUGUAGCUCCAAAUCCUUGUUAUCAACCUCAUUUUGCUGAAUAAACGGGACAAUGAAGGACUUUAGAGGAGA